CGUUUAACUUCCACUUGUCGUAGUUCACCUUUCGUACUACACGCUCGUUGGCCGCCGCAAUGUUUCCCUUUUCCUUUGGCUUGUUCCCAAAUUGGAGUUGGUUUUGUAUAUUUGUAGCCCUCUUCUUGUUUCGAUAUGUCAGACUAUGGGUUAACCUGGCGAGCAACUGGACGUAUACGCCCAUCCAGCCCAUCGACGAUCCUACCAUCACGUCGAAAGACAUGACUGUCAUCAUCCCGACCGUUGCCGAGGAUCUCCAGCAGCUAAAGGAGACUGUCCAAAGCGCCUAUCGCCUUGAACCAUACGAGCUCCUUCUGGUGACACCGGAUUCCAAGGUCAAGCGUGUAUAUCAAAUGGUCGAAGAGCUAGGCAACCCCAAAUUGAUCCAGGUGCUUUCCGUGAGUCAAGCCAAUAAGCGUCGCCAGCUGUGUCGGGCGAUUCCGGAGGUCGAGACCAAGAUCACCCUACUGCUCGACGACGACGUGUGGCUCCCAGAGAAGUUCACCAAAUGGAUACUGGCACCCUUUGAGGACUCGCGAGUUGGAGGUGUCGGGACCAACCAGCAGUUGCGUCGCGCGAACCGCUCCAACAUCUGGGAGUUCCUGGGUGCCAUCUACUUGGUCAGAAGAAACUUUGACUGCACCGCCUGCAACUGGAUCGACGGCGGCUUGCCGUGCCUGUCAGGACGGGCUGUGGCAUAUCGCUCUGAGAUUCUGCAAGACCCCAACUUUACCUACGGCUUCACGCAUGAGACUUGGGGCAGCGACCACUUUCUCAACGCUGACGACGACAACUUCAUCACGCGAUGGCUAUUCUCGCACGAUUGGAAGAUCCAGAUUCAGAACCACCGGGAGUGCGAAGUGGAGACGACGCUCGAGAACGACUCCAAGUACUUGCGUCAGUGCUUACGCUGGGUGCGCUCUAACUGGAGGAGCAAUCUGACGAGUCUGAGCGAAGGCCGAAUGUGGUGUAAAUACCCAUGGUCGCUGUAUGCCGUCUUCCAGACCACCCUGACACAGUGGGCCUUUCUGCUCGAUUGCCUGCUGUUCGCAUCAUUCUACUUCGCGCUUUCCGAGUCCGGGUACUACGUAGCAGAGGGCGAACACCAGCCCCGCGCUGAGAAGCAGCAGCGCUCCGUCUUCUGGGCGCUGUUCCUCGCGCACUUCGUCUUUGCAAAGACCAUCAAGCUAGUCCCACAUUUGUUGAGGAACCCGGGCGAUGUCCGAUUCAUCCCAGUCUCGGUGCUGUUUGGGUAUUUCCACAACCUGAUCAAGCUCUACGGCUGCUUCACGGUCACGGAGACAACAUGGGGUACUCGCGAAGGCGCAGAUGCCGAUGAUAACAUCAGAAUGCUGCCGAUCCCGCCGAUGGCGACAAUCACUCCUCCGUUGACGCCUGUUCCCGGCCAGCAGCGUAUGCUCCGCGAGAGAGGUUUUUGCAUACCAUCCACUAAGAUUCCACUUUGAGUUGAACGCGAUUUUCCUCUACUGUUAGCGCAUUUCGGCCUCGGCCACGUCUUGGUGGCAGUAAUGUUAGACGGUUAACGACAGCCUGCAACUUCAUCAGCACUUAGACAGAGUGUCUGACUCCUUUAUUCCCUUCGUCCAUCAUGGAGCACCAUUUGGGCUAGCUCCCGGGUCAUCAAAAUGGGACGGUUUGGAUCGGCGUUUUCGGUGUUCAGGCUCAUUGUUGAUGCAAAAAUUGCAACCUUACCACCAAUUGGAGGCUUGAAGGCAUCCCGCCCAUGUAGUCUACGCAAAAGGUCGAUGCGACAUGUCAGCAGUAGCACCUCGCUUCCGGCUGUCGUCGCUCGACCUGGCACUUUUGUGCAACGUCGCAUGUUCGGCUUAGAGUCGCACGAAUGGACACAGCAGCACAAACCUAAUUCAAACUUCGUGUGCCAAUCUCAAAACAUUGCAACCUCA